AUGAAUUUCGCUGAAGAACCGACAAAAAAUUUUAGUUCUAUAAUCAUUUUACCACAAAUACAUCGAGUCAAGAAAUCAUGCACUUCGGAAACAUUUAUGGCAGAUUUAAAAAAUUUUUGUUCUCCACAUAAAGAGAGUGGUGUCCAUCCACCUCCAUUAAUAGCUGCACAUCUUUUAGAGUUUUUUUUAAACAAUGUUCAGCUCCCUCAAGAUGAUCUUAAACUUUUGAUUGUUUUGGGUCAUCAUUUGUAUUAUAAUGAUGUUUUUCACAAGUUAAUCUCUGAAUUUGAGAACAAUGAUUUACUAUUAUCACAAAAAGCCUUGGAACUGGUUAAACUCCUAGUAGAGGAUAUGGAAGAACACGAAGAUAAUGAAAAUAUUGUCUUCUUGAAUUGUUGUAGAAUCGGUUUAAUGAUUUGA